UAUUCGUGCAGUGUUCGUCGGUUUAGAACGUUUCAGCUCGGAUACUAGUGGUGUAUUAUAUACUGUAACGGUCCGGUGAGACCCUGCACGAUGGCCAUUGCUGCGGCAAACCUGCAGCUUUUGAAAAUUAUUGGAUCUGCAUGGAACGUAGUGUGUCGGGCUUUGACGUCCGUAGUCACGGCGUUGAUGGACAUGACGGUCGUAGUGGCCGCUACGGUCAUCGCGUGGAACAGGACUGUCGGCGUGGACGAUCCCGCCGUACCGCUAAGCGUUAACUACCAUUUUACGCGCCAGUGCAACUAUAGCUGCGGCUUUUGCUUCCACACGGCCAAGACGUCGUUUGUGCUGCCACUGGACGAGGCGAAGCGUGGGCUGACCAUGCUGGCGGAAGCCGGCAUGAAAAAACUAAACUUUUCGGGCGGCGAGCCGUUCGUCCGGGACGGCGGCCGCUUCAUGGGCAAACUCAUCAAAUACUGUAAGACGGAACUGAGUUGGGCGGGCAUCAGCAUUUCAAUUGUUAGUAACGGCAGCUUGAUCCAGGAAAAGUGGAUGAGGCAGUACGGCGAGCACGUGGACAUGCUGGCCGUGUCAUGCGACUCGUUCAACGCUGACACAAACCGAACGAUCGGCCGGCAACAGGGCGCAAGAACCGAUCACGUUGCAAAAUUAUACCAGGUACGUGAGUGGUGCGGACAGCACAAGAUCGCGUUCAAGAUCAAUACGGUGGUCAACACGUAUAAUGUGAACGAACUGUUCACCGAGCACAUCGACCGGUUACGGCCGGUCCGGUGGAAGGUGUUCCAGUGCCUGUUGCUGGAGGGCGAGAACGCGGGCGAGGGAGCGUUGCGUAACGCCGCCCGGUUCUACGUAACCGACGAAGAGUUCGACGGGUUCCUGCGCCGGCACGCUGAAGUUCAGAUGCUGGUGCCCGAAAACAACGACGCGAUGCGCGACAGUUACCUGAUCCUAGACGAGUAUAUGCGGUUCCUCAACUGUCGCAACGGCAAGAAGGAACCCUCCGCGUCCCUGCUGGACGUCGGCGUCCAGCACGCGCUCCGUGGUUCCGGUUUCGACGAACAGGCGUUCCUAGAGCGGGGCGGCGUGUACAUGUGGAGUAAGCAGCAGCUGUCCGAAGCUGAGCUCGAGUGGUGACGGACCAAACAUUUUUUUCUUUCAUCACUGCUACAUCUCUAUAUCUUGCCUAUAUAUUAUAUUAUACUUAUUGCAAUUAUUAAGGUACGCACAGCUUAGUUUUAUAUAUUUUUUGGUGUGGUGAUAUUUUUCAAGUUACGAUCAGCCGGUUUCUAAAUUAUAUGAAACAUAUUCAUUUGGACGAUUUUUUUAAAAUAAAUAUGCUUAAUCCAUGCCGAUUUUCAUAAAUCAGUAAUAACUAUUAACGGAAUAAGAUAUUGAUAAAGGAAUAAAAUUAAAAUAUACAGACCGGGUCCCGUGAGAAUAUACCCAAUGGCCGUAGAGGGGACUCGCUCGAAAAAAAAUCUUUAACUGUUUCAAAAAUAAAAAUUACAUUUUUUUUUACUUUUUUACCAAAAUAUUUAAUUUAAUUAAAAAAUAAAAUAUAUUAUGUAGUCUUUGUCUUUGCGAGAGUCUAAUAAAAAAAACAGAUUUAUGAUAAAUUUAUUAGCUUAUGAGAUAUCUUAAUUCUUAAUGGGUAAAUCUAAACUAUUACCUUUUUCAUAUCCAGAAAGGAUUCAAAGUUUUAAAUUAUUUUCUUAUACACAGACUUAUAUGGUAAUAUGAACACAUUUAAUAUCUUGAAGUUUUCCUUAGUUGAACCUAUUAAAGUAUUUUUACUUAAACAUAUCCUCAAAAUUUUCUUUUGUAAAAGUUGUGGUGGUCCAGACACAUUUUGAUUAAGUCCCCCCCCCCCUAAACCAAUAAACCAUAUUGGAAUAUUGCCUGAAAUAGUGAUAAAUAAAUUAUACGUAUAAUAGUUUGCAUUUGUAGCGACAGUAUAUAUAAUGAUAAAUGUAGCUAUAAAUAAAAAAAUUAAAAAUAAAUUGCAUUUCAAAGAAAAUCGACCGAAUCAUAACAUUUAAAAAUUACACAAAUUACACCUUCCACAGUCUAUUACCUAGCUUUGAAUUAAAAAGAAAUAUUGAUAGCUGUGCGUUUACUUAAAUAACACACCCACACAUUUGAUUUGAUUUGGUGGACUGGUCAGCUCCCAUUUCGCUGCGGUACCGUUUCGCCGAAUUUAUUUUUUCGCAGUUCCAUUUCACCGAAUUUAUUUUUUAGGUAACUCUUUAACUCUCAACUUAAGAUUACUCAACAAUUAUUCAUUGUGUUUAAUUAAAUAACUAAUAUUGAGCUGUCAUGGUCUUAAAAUAUAAAAUGUGCCCAAUUUAAAAUAUUGACGAUGAAAAUCAUUAAUUCAUCAAUUGAUAAUACUCAUAAUAAUAUUAUCCCAAAUCUGCAAAAUAAUUUGAUUUUUAUACUAUUUUUUUUUUUCAAAUAUUCCUAUUGUAAUGACGUGAAGUGUGAACUAUGAGAUUGUGAUGCGUGGUAGAUAACACCAGUGAUUUGAACGCAUUGAUAUUUGCAUAAAUGCAUAAUAAUCAUGAUUGUCAGAACUAAUAAAAACUCUUUUCUUCCACACCUC